UUCAAUUAACCACGUAUGUAACAUAGGCGAAAAUUUAGAAGGGACUCAAAAAUUCAAAUUUACGAAUGUAGGAGUCUGUCAAUCUUAAAAUAAGGUGCCCAAUCAUCAAAUUGUGGCUUUUUUGUGUACUAAAGACAGAUAUCUAAUAUUCAAAGAUGAUAAUUAAACAGAACCACAAAAGGUAUUUGUGAUUUGCAGGUGUCCGUCACAUGUCUUUCUUUCCUUUCUGCCUCCACUCCUGAUGUCACACUGCGCCCUCCUCAUGUUGACUCUCUGCAGUAAGGAGACGACUUCUUUCACACAUGUGCAGCGCAAUAAAUGGGAUCUAUUGAUGCCUCUUCCUGUGUAUUGUUGUACUGUUUGUGUAACACGGCUCUGUGCUUUAAAAGCCUGUGCACAGGUGGAGAUGAAGGCAAACAGCCAUGGUCUUUCUCAGGGUUUUCACUCUUCUCUCUUUCAUUGCAGGUGUGUUGAGCAGUCAGACUCCAGACUGCUCAUAUUUAGGUCUUCUGACUAACCUGACGCUGACACCUGCAAGCGAAACUCUACAAAUCAUGCGGCCUGUGAAAAACUGGACCACACCAACCGAAGUAAGGCUGGACAUGGUGAUGUAUGGGAUUUUACACGUGGAUGAGAAGUCUCAAACAGUGGAGAGUCAUAUCUGGACCCAGAUGACUUGGCGGAAUGAGUUCCUGACCUGGAAUCCUGCUGACUUUUGUGGGAUAAAAAGGUUGAACGUCCCAAGAUCCAAGAUGUGGCUCCCGGAUAUAUCCAUCCAAGAGGAUACCUCGGACACUAGCACCACUUUUUAUGGCCCUCUUGUUUAUUUGGAUCACACUGGUCUUGUGAUUGGGAACUCACGCCAACGGCUGACCUCUACCUGUCGGCUGAACCUCGCCAUGUUCCCCUUCGAUUCACAAAACUGUACAAUGACAUUUGUGUCCAUGAGCAGUGACGCGGAACAAAUGUCGCUUGGGUCACUCACCAAUGACACCCUGCUUUCUAAACUCUCUGAGCAGAUCAUGGUCACAAACGGAGAAUGGGAGCUUGACCAUCUGGAAAUAGGGUAUAAGCUUUUUGCUAAAGAUGGUGUCCACCAGGACAUGCUCGUGUACACGAUUACAAUAUCCAGGAAGCCACUGCUUUAUGUAAUCAACCUGAUCGUGCCACUGCUCUACCUUCUGGUUCUGGACUUGGCCUCUUUCUUCAUCAGUGAAGGCAGAGGAGAAAAGCUGAGCUUCAAAGUGACCAUUCUGCUCUCCAUCUCUGUCUUACUGCUCAUUCUUCAGGACAUGCUGCCAUCCACUGAGUCCUCCAUGCCAUAUAUUGCCAUAUAUUGUGUUGUCAUCUUCGCUGUGGUGGGGCUUAGUGUUCUUGAAGCCAUGGUGGUGAGCUUCCUUAUUGACCUUGAUGGUUAUUGUGCCACCAUGGCUCCAUCCCCUGAUGAUAGCCAGGAUGAGAUUGAGCUGGAAGAUGGCUACCACAAAGAGCCCACUGGAGCUGAAGAGGAAGGCCAGGUGAAACAAGGGAAAAGUUUUCCUCCCAUGGUCGGUCCUAACUGCUUAGCGCCUCUGGAAUCAAUCCUGAAGGAAGUGAAGGCAGCUCGACUUGGAGUCAAGAAACAAAGAGAGGAGGAAAAAAAAGAAGGCCGUUACAAAAGAAUUGCCGGAAUAAUAGACCACAUAUUCUUCUUCCUGUAUUUUUCAACUGUUGUGGUUUUUCUGUCAUACAUGAACAUAAUGUGGCUGUGCAACCUCUACAAAUAAUGUGUGUGUAAUCUGACACCUUUCACAUAUGCAGUGAUGGAGUAAAAAAGAGUCAUUGUUUUCAUAAACAUCCUUCCUGUAUUUACUGCAUGCAACAAAUGUUUACUGGAGGACAAUAAAGCUCAAUUGGAAUCAUGA